AUGGCUUUCUUUGCAUCCCACACAGAAAAAGAAGAAGCGAAGAAGAGAAAGCAUGCAUGUAAGGCUAACCUGUGGAACCGACGCAGAUUGCAGCGAACUCAGCUCAGGAUCCUGUUGGCGAAGAAAGUGACAAGGAAGAAAGUGACUGAAGAUCACGAAAGGGAGGAAAAAAUUCUUGAAAGCACGUCAGAAAACAUGACAUGGGAAGAAGCACAUGGAGACAGACGCGUGAGGAGAAAUAAUGUGAGACUCAAGGAUUAUGAUUGGAUAGGAGCGCAUUAA